UCCCAUCGGCUGCCACGUCAGGGUUGCCUGCGCACAGCAAGCUGGUCUGAGUCCUGCUGUUGCUUCUCGGACAUUCCCGUGUGUGCCGGAUUGACCGCUGCUUCUCGUGCUUACAUUUUUCCGUUUGUACAUUGCUUUUUUGUUAUUUAUAAAUUGCAAUGAGGUCAAUUGGACUGUUUUGCCUGGUUGUGAAUAUCUACUGCCUACAUCUCAUCCGAGCCACUGAGCUAACGUUUGAACUGCCUGAUAACGAAAAGCAGUGUUUCUAUGAAGAAGUCGAUAAAGGAGUCAAAUUCACCCUUGAUUUUCAAGUGAUCACAGGGGGCCACUUUGAUGUGGAUUGCAUCUUAACAGACCCAACUGAACAUGUCCUGUACCAAGAGAAGAAAAAGCAGUAUGACAGCUUCACUCACACUGCUGACAUUAAGGGUGUCUACAAGUUCUGCUUCAGCAAUGAGUUUUCCACCUUUUCACACAAAACUGUGUACUUUGACUUUCAAGCUGGAGAUGAUCCACCAAUUGUUCCUGAAAUGCUGAAUCGGGUCACUGCCUUGACUCAGAUGGAGUCUGCAUGCGUCACAAUUCAUGAGGCCCUGAAGACUAUAUCUGAUUCUCAGACACACUACCGGCUAAGGGAGGCUCAGGACCGCAUACGAGCAGAGGAGAUCCAUGACCGAGUCUCGUACUGGUCAAUUGGGGAGACCAUUAUUCUUUUUGUGGUCAGCAUUAGUCAGGUGGUGAUGCUGCGGAGCUUCUUCACUGAUAAGAAGGCAAGUCUGGGUGUGAGCACAUAGGCUUGUCUUUUCAGAUUUUUCAUUUAGGUUUUUAGAGGGAGGGCCAUGGCUUUCUCUGGUGAGCAUGACAGCAGCAGGGUUGAUCUUCUCCUCUUCUGAUACAUGUGUCCAUUUUAUAUAUUCUUCUGUUAUUCAGACCUGUAUGUUUCCACCUUGUGGCUUAUCAGUUUUUCCCAUCAACUCCCAAAAUAUUUCAUUUCACUUUUCAGUUCUGAACUUUGGAAAGCAUUUCAAGUCAUAUUUAUUUUUAAAAACCGUCAAAUGCAAUUUAAUGGUAAUUGGACUGUGUCUAUAUAACUCUACUGGUAAGCCUGUUUCUAAGCCUUUGAAGGGCUCACUCUGCCAAAAGGAGCUCUUUUCGAGUACUUUACAACAAUAUAUUUUAGCCAGUUUUAUGGUGGAUGGUCCUUGUAUGAAGAUGUUGGUGUCUUUUAAAGUUCUAAAGAAAAACAUGUAGCUAUAUUUUCAAAAAGCAUCCACAAAGGGAUAUAAAUCUGCAAAUUUCAGUGAGAGCUACAAGAAUUAUCGUUGAGAAAUGAGAUGCUUACGAUUCGCUUAUUGGCCCAUUUUUGGUCAGUAUUUGAAUAAGCUCUUGUGAUCAGGUUCCCACUGUUUUUGUGGGUCAUCUUAUCCUCUAGAGAAGUGUUGUACCUUUUUAUCCACUUACCAGAUCAUUUCUUUUUUUCAUUAAGGUCCAUUUUUAAUGAUUGAGAAUCAUUUAUGCCACACUGAGCCAGUGUUAUAGCCAUAGUCCUUUGCUUUAUAAAUUUAGACCUCUAAAUUAAUUACAGUAUUCCUAAUUGAUUUUUCUUAAGAAUUUAUAUUUAUGAUUUGCUGGACAAAGAUAUUUCUUUAAUUUCUAAUUCUGCCACAUAGCAGACAAAGAAAAAACUUUUGUUUAAGGUUAUCUGUUGAUGUUUUUGUUUAUUUGGGUAGCAAAGGUGUGUUUGUCCUUUAAAUAUUAUAAUACAGCCCCAGGAUAAAAGAAACUGCACUCACCCAUUGUUUCCAGUUAAGAAUGUGAAAUCUUUUCUAAGCUUUUCACAUAUAUCUUAAUUUAAUUGCUCCAGAAGGAUUUAAUAUUUACUGAGAGCAAAUCUUGACUCUCCUCUUUAAGCCGAAAUGCUGUUUUUUGGUAUUUUUCCUUUAAGUACAUUUUGUAGCACUUUGCCCCUUGAAAAACUAGUUUUGGAAUGAAAAUAUUAAAUCAUAACAAAAGGCUUUGCAUUCCAGUGUAUUUGAUAAUACAGCCCAGCCACCAGACCAGUUAGGACCAUGGUGUUGCUUUCGGGACUGCUAGACUUAUGCCCUGAAAAGAAAAGAAUUAGUCCUGUACUCUAUUUUUCCACUUUCUCUUUUAGUGGUGUUGAUUGCAGAUAAUUUAGGCAAAGCUUUGCUGACCUACUGAUGCUAAGUACAUUAUUGCCAGCCUGAAUCAGAAGCUUCCUUCAGGCACCUGCCAGGCUGGAACGAUGGACAAAAUGACUCGAACUAGAGCAGUGCUCACACCGUCUUGUGCAUCAGUAGAUUUGGGUUUCUGCUGUAAACAUUGGCACCCAGCAGGUGUGUAUCACCUGUGUGCACGUACACUUCAUGUUUAUCUUUGACUGUAGGAUGUAGAUUGACAUUUAGUAGGUGACAGUAGUAACUGAUUAUUCUUAAUAUGUCCUUCAUCUUAUACUAAGUGUUUUAAGGCAGGGUUCUCAAUGUGGUUUCCUUUAGAAAUCAAAUAUAAUUACAUCAUAUAGAAAUAAAAAUACAGAAAAAAUUCACCAUAUCAUAAACAUUAAUCAAAAUGUAAGAAUACCAAGACUACACUGAUAAAAAAGAAUAUGUGCGAUACACAAACUGCGGAGAAUUCAGUAGAAGAGACCUUAACUACAUGUCUCCAUGAUUGUUUAAUGUAGCUGGUCAUGUUGUACAAUAUUUUUUUUUAACAAAUCAACCUCUACAUCUUUCAUCAAAUUGGUAGAUCAUUUUUUGAACACCAAGUGCAUUUUUAUUGCUGGCAACAUAUUAAGAGCUCUGUUAGCAGUUUAUUUAGUAAGCAUUAUAUAAUGGACAGCAGGUCCUGCCUCAGUGGAGCCGAGUAUCCUUCUUUGCUGCUCUUAUUUCAGUCUGAUUCCCCACCAUGUGCUGUCAAGGACACACCACACACACAUACCGACUGUGUUCGGUUUAUCAGCAGCCAUCAGUGCUCCUUGGCAGUCACCACACUCAGGGUUUAGUGUAGCAGAGUAUGUUAAACUCCACUGUCAUUCCAUUCCAGCCUGUGUAGUGCUUCUCCUCUGAUGUCGAGCCACACCGCCCAGGAUCAUCCACCAUGCGGAACGCUUCCACUUGUGGCAGGCAAUGAGUAGCGCAGCAAAGCUUUUGUGAACCAUUACACUAACAAGACACACCGUGAACAGAUAGCCGAUUAUGUCAGAGGAUGUUAAAUGGAGCAGGAGUCUGGUUUUUGAGCACUGUGGGAUCCUCCCUCCUCCUGGUCAACAAUCAAGAUAAGGUUUGGGUUGAAGAAGAUACUGUACUUUGAACUGAAUAAACUGGUACUUUUCAUUGUUUAAUGUUAUGGCAUGUCCACAAAUUUAGGCAAAACACAACUGUAUUCUGACACUUGAAACAAGUCAUGGGGUCAUUUUCUUCUUCUUCUUCUUCUUCUUAAAUUGAUAUCCUCCUGCAUGCUAAUGGCAUUUGAAGUCACAUAAAAAUACCCUCUGGCAGUGGUCAUUGAAUCUGCAGGUUGAAGAGCAGACUAUAUUUUAAACACCUUUAAAUGUUGUUUAGCUUUGCUGUUUAUUCUUACCUUUUGAACAACCUUUACCCAAUUUUGCAAAGAAAGAAAGGCUUGAGAGCCCUGACUGUAAUUUGUGUGACCCUUUUAUACACCCUGCUCAGACCAGCUUGAGACUGAAGUCCCUCUCCCCAAAGAAAAAUGGCACUUAUGAUGGCUUUGGCUUCUGCAAUGUGUAAGCUGCUGGCAGAACAGUGGAGGGGUUUAUUUUUUUAAAAUGCAUAAAGAUAAUAUUUGUAAUAUUUAUUCUAAAAUAGGCAAAAUAAAAAUGGCAUUUUCUGUCUUGAGUGUA